CUUUUCAGAAAGAUUUUGUGUCGUGUAUGAUUUUUGGUGCAGUUUCGAGCUGACAGCUACAGACAUUUCAGUUAUGAACUUAAGCCGUAUAAAUUUAGAAAGUCCAGUAAAUAUAUUCGCGGUAGCAAUAUUGGUCAAAGAUGUCCCCGAGAAAGCUGCAGUAUUUCGCAAACAUCGAAUAAACAAGUUUUAUACUCUCUAAUUCGCUUUUUAAUGUGAUUGUACUCAGUACACGUUGCCCAUUGGUUACUAUUAUUUGAUGAUUAAAACUGAUUCAUAGAAGGUUUUCAAAUCUUAACACUCCCCUCGAACAUUUUGGAUUUUCAAUUGACGCUCAUUCUGUAAUAUCAUAAAAUAAUUUCGCGUGUGUUUAAGACUUCAAAUAUAAUUGCUUAUCGUUUGCAGUAAUUUCAUUGCUUGCCGUAAUUAUAGUGUUUUGGCAAUAUGCGUUCAUAUGUCGAAAUACCUGUAGGUUCAAGCUAGUCAACAUGGUAUGAAAAUGUUCAUUUAUUGGUUAAUGUGGCAAAAACUUGUAGCUUAUUCCGUUGUAGUUGCAUAUUAUCAAGCUCGUGAGUUCCUUACAACUUAACUGUUCCGCAUUUUUUAACAUGCAUUUCGAACGUGGAUAAAUUAAUUUUAUAUGUAGGUCUAACCGUGAUAGAACUUUAUCUAAAAGAAUGACAGAUAGCUGAGGUAAGGACUGCCUGACAGAUAUUGGGCCCAAUACAAUUAGGAGAAGAUUGGUCAUAAUUAACGUUUGAUUGGGUUUGCCUAAAUCACGUGAAUCAAAAAGACUGUUUGCUUCUUGAACAGGGAUAUUAACAGCUCCCUCCCCCAUCCUGACCCAGCUGUGGUAGUCAGAAUUUGCUCUGAAUGAGAGGAAGAUGCAGUUGAAGAAGAAACAUAUUAUUAUUGGAUGGACAUAAUGGAGUGGACACCAUUAAUGCACGCUGCUAGAAAUGGUGAAGUGGAAACAGUUCAGAAACUCUUGAAAUCUAAAGAAAAAAUUCAUUUAAAAAAUAUGAUGGGAGCCACAGCACUGAUGCUAGCAACAUCAUGUGGACACUAUUCUGUUGUGAGACUGAUUCUGGCAUAUGGUGCACUCGUUGACAGUACAAAUGUGUUCUGCCAGUCAGCUAUUGAUAUAGCUGAAUCAAAGCAGUAUAAUGAUCUUGUAGAACUCUUGAAAACGAAAGUAGCACAUGAUAGCAAAAAGUUUCGUCCCAACUUCUUGAUGCCUUUAGAAAUUCCAAAAAUGGAUUAUAGAGUCAAAGAAUUAGAUACAGUUUCAGGUGCCACAGAUAUCCUUUCUAAGACAGCUGCUUCUCCUACAGCUAACAGGUUCAAUUUUGCAACAGAGGAAUUGUUGUCUCCUCAGACUACAUAUAUGCCAGAAGUACCAGACACCGGUUAUUUGUCACCUAUGACUUCGCUGCAAAUGUGUGGCUGUGAAACUUAUAGUCCUGGUGACUCCAUCUUUCUUUCUGAAAAUCAAGCCUGCAAGAAAACAGAUGACAAAACGAAACAAAUUGUUUCUCAGCCUGGUAAGACAGUGGAAAUGGAGCGUUCGUCAAAUGAUAUGCGUUAUUAUCUCAGUCCACACAAUUAUCAUUUCCCAAAAAAGUUUGAGGUUCCAAAAAAGCAAGAAUUUUCAAGAAACAUUGAGAAAAGCAUUCAGGAAGAAAAGUUUCAAGAUAAUUUUGAACUAACUUAUAACAAAAUGUUUCAAUAUGACACGUGCAGUCAGCCCAGUUCCCCAUAUUCUCCUUCACCAAAUUCUCUUUCACCAACAUCAAGAAAUGUAUUCUCACAUAGUGACCCUUCUGUAAUUCAUGAACUGAAUGGUGGAACUGAGAGACAGAAACGUAAAAAGAAAGCCUUUUGGCAUGUUAUAAGGAGAAGGGUGCGCAGUCUUGCACAUGAUAAAAAUGGAUAUCAUUUUUACCAUCCUUACUGUGAUUCUGCUGUUUCUAAAAAAAACACAAUAUCAUCUCCUCGCAUUUGGAUAGACGAUAAUCUGAAAUUCAAGUCUACUGAGGCAAAUCCAGAGGAAGAAAAGGAGGAGUCUACUUGUAAAAUGGUAGUAUCUCCACUUUCUUCCAAUGUGGAAUCUGAAAAAAGCUAUAAAAAUACACCCAUAUCUGUUCAGAAAGAAAGGCCGGUUAAAAGCGAGUUUAAGGAGUUCCUUUGUGCAAAUGGGCUUCAUCAUUUUAUUGACAUACUUUUUGAACAUGAGCUUGAUUUGGAGACAUUCUUUGAACUAUGUGACAUGGACCUUAGAGAAAUUGGAAUAACCAGCAGAGAGGACCGCAGGAAGAUUCUGAACGUUAUUGCUUCCCAAAGCCAUUACUGUACUUGACUUCUGUGAAUAGAUUUGUGUAAAAUAUUUAUUGCAUAACUCUGGACAAGGCAUAGUCCUUUGUGUGUGUGUGUGUGUGUGUGUGUGUGUGUGUGUGUGUGUGUGUUUGUUUGUUUUACUUGUUGUGUUGUAUAUUUGAUUUAAUUUGUAGAUGGCGAUUGACUAUAAUGUAAUUAAAAAAUGGACAGUAGCAAAAAUAUAUAAUUUAAAACUACUAAUUAAAAACUCAGUAAAUUGUGGAUAAAUUU